AUGAACAAUCACGUUGUUGUUAUUGGUAGUGGUAGCGGAGCCAGCAGUACGAACAACAGCCAUGCCAGUAAUAGUGCCAACUUGAUCCAUCAUCAUCAUUCCGUGGACUCUCCUUCUGAAUUCUUUACCAAUGAUAAUUAUUCUCCGUUGGUGGUUCAAACAUCAUCACUGGCAGUAUUUCCAUCUACAAAAUCCAAACGUCAUUCUACCUCUUAUAUAUCCUCCUCUUCCUCAUCAUCCUGUAAUAGUAACACUACAGCCAACAAUACUUUGAACACAAAUAAUGACAACAACAACAAUAGAAACACCAAUAAUUUGUACAGAACUACCACUACUCCAUCCACAACAAUAGCUCCCACUCAAACUGCCGGCACUGCUCCGCCUGUCCAACAGCAGCAACACCUUCUUCAAGAAUGUAAUAGUUCUACAUUAUCGGAAAGCGUCUUACAACAACGAGUACGAUUCAUCAAAGACAAAAUGUUGUUGUUAGUUAACUUUGAAGGACUCACUUUGAGAUCACUCAACGAUGUAAAUACAAUUCAACAGGUAUUACAAGAAUUGGUUGGAUUUCAUAUGAAGAAUAUUCUACAAUCGGCGCAACAAAGCCGAAAAGACAAAUAUGGAAAGCUUUACUCUUCAAAUGCACUAAGAUUGCAACAACAAUAUCAGAUUGAUUGUUUUGUAUGCUAUGAAAAUUUUAGCUGUGACAAUGAGGAUUUAUGGAUUCGAUUUCAACACACAAUGGAAUCUCUGCAGCAACAAUUUAACUUUCGAAUGUUUGAAGAAUUUUCAUGUAAAACUGGCUAUGAAGCUCGAGUCUCACAAGCCAUGUCAAUACUGGCAGAGCAAGAUCAUGUACCUGCAGUUUUUAGUCGAUCACUUUCUCCUCCAAGAUCAUCCUACAUGAAUUCAUUGGAAAGAGAUCACAACGAUUCACCAAGUAAUACCGCAAUAUCACCUCUCGGGUUAACAAAACCAUUGUCUCAUGACAUUAUUUCGGAUCAUUUGGACAGCGCGUUAAAUAGUAUCACAAAACAACCUGUCAAAAACUCAAUUCAGUAUCAUGCCAAGUAUUUCACAUCACCUACUUCAACCACAUCAAGCCAUCAAAUGGACGACUCAAAAUCGACCUCAUCAGAGGCAUAUGUCACUAUUAACAACCGAUUUGAGCUGUACAAGGUUCUUAGCCGAGGCACCUAUGGAACCGUCUACAAAGGAAAAGAUAAGCUUCACAACACGAGUGUUGCUGUGAAAGAGCUUGAUCUCGAAAUGAUGGAUAAAAUUGGGGCAAUAGAAUUCGCACAAAGAGAAGUUGAAAUUAUGAAAUUAAUCAAGGAUCACCCACACCCUCAUAUUGUAAAUACUUUAGACGUGAUAGAAGAGUAUGAACCAAUCGUUUUAUCCUGUAGCAACAAGCCACCAUCAAAAUCUUUUGUGUAUAUUGUGACAGAAUUUUGUGAAAAGGGCUCUCUGGAGAAUCCUUUAGAUGAACAUGAGCAACACAAAGAAGAGGACGUACAACGAUAUUAUGUACAAAUGGUAUUGGCUAUUGAACACAUGCACAAUGUUUUAUCAAUUUUGCACCGUGAUAUUACAUUAAGUAAUGUUUGUCUUGAUGGAAAUGGUAAUGUCAAAAUUGUUGAUUUUGGAUUGAGUGACAAGUUUGAAAAGGGAAAGAAAUAUCAUAGACUCUUUGUAGGAAAUGGCGGAUAUUGUUGCCCUGAAGUUUUGCUCAAGAAAUGCUAUGCUGAGGAAAUUGAUGUGUAUGCUCUUGGAGUGGUCCUCUACAAACUGCUUACAGGAUAUUUGCCAUUUCGAACGGCUCAAGACAAAUUUUCAAUGAACUACUUUAUUCCACUUGAGGAAGAAGAACAAAUUUCUGACACGGCGAAAAACGUGAUUCAGAAUUUAUUGGAGAUCAAUCUUGCAAAACGAUGGAAAAUAGAUGAUGUCAAACAAGACAUUUGGUUCAAGGAAGGUUAUCAAAAGUGGCAAUGUAGCAAACACUAA